AUGUCAUUAAAAAGUUCCUUCAUUAUCGAUAAUACCGACGGCGAAUCUCUACUUUACGAUGAUAUAUUUUUUAGCGCUACCACCAAACAUUUAAUCAUCAAAAAGUAUUAUUUUCCAAUCGGAACAUCGAAAUAUAUCCCUUUAACCGAGAUCACUUCAGUUGUCACUGAUCAGGAAUAUCCACUUAGAUGGUGGCAAGUUAAACCUAAUUUAAUUGGACCAAUCACGAUAGAAGACAAAUUUUCAUCACAUGUGGAACAAAAGAAAAGCUCCCUUCAUCUUAAAGGGUUGUGUGCUGAAGACAACGACAAUAACGAAAAGGACAAAAACGAAGAGAAGGAAGCGUGA